UACUAAUUGAACAUAUACGUCCUCUUUUCCCCCACAAUGCUAAUAGAAUAUUUUAAGUCAUAUUUGGGCUUCUGUAAUAAAAAUAAUAUUUAGCUCGACACCAUGACUGGACACAUGUCUACUUAAAUAAAAUAAAUGCACACUCAUACCUAUAGAAAGCGAAGGCUUAUCUCGAUGGUUGUCAUAUGAGGACGACAUAACUUUUACUAGGUGCCAGUCAGGCUAGUGCGUCACUCCAGACUUAUGGCUGACACCAUGUCAGAAGAAGAAACGCCAUCGACGGAGGUUGUUUUCACUCAGCUACAACAAGGACAUAUUUAUAGCGACACAGGCUCCUCUGGUCCCGAUGAUAUUUUUGAUGAGGACUCUUACUCUCCGUCCUCCCUCUCCUCGUCCUCUUCGUCUGCGGUCCCCACCGAGGUCUGUGUGCAGGGGAAACCGGUGUGCACCUCCUGCGGUCUGGAGAUAGUGGACAGAUACCUCCUGAAGGUCAAUAAUCUGUGCUGGCACGUGCGCUGCCUCUCAUGCAGUGUGUGUAAGACUUCACUGGGCCGACACGUGAGCUGUUACAUCAGAGACAAAGAGGUUUUCUGCAAACUCGACUACUUCAGGCGGUAUGGGACUCGCUGUGCCCGUUGUGGGCGUAACAUCCAUUCUAGUGACUGGGUGCGUCGGGCGAGAGGUAGCACCUUUCACCUGGCUUGUUUCUCCUGCACCUCGUGUAAACGCCAGCUUUCUACAGGGGAAGAAUGCGGACUUCUGGAGAAUCGAAUCUUCUGCCGGCCACACUAUGAUAUUAUGAUGGAGAAUCUCAAACGAGCCAAGGAAAACAGUGAGUGUAUGGAUGGACAAGGGUCCGAUCUGAAUUACAGCAAACAGUAAAAUGAUUUGAUGUAAACAUUUACUCAUUUGUCAUCUCCACUUAUUUAGGUGAUGCAGACCCAGUUUGCUAAAGAUAACAACCCAGAUGCACAGACGCUGCAGAAGCUGGCAGAGAGAACUGGGCUCAGCCGCAGGGUUAUUCAGGUUUGGUUUCAGAACUGCCGAGCUCGUCAAAAGAAGCACAUUAACCCGAAUCCUGUCCAGUCAACAAUGAUGACAUCACUUGCUCCUGGUCAGCUGUCUCCACCGUUGAUGGAUGAUCUCCAGUAUACCACCUAUAUUUCUCCAGAUGCACCUCUCCUCACCACACUGACCUAUAUGGAUGUCCAAACUCCAGACCCACUUCUGCUGCAGCCACACAUGUCCCAUUCACUGACACAACUGCCAGUCAGCCAUGCCUAAGCUUCAACCUGCUGCCUGAAAAAUAAAGCCACUGGUUCCUUCAUGGUUGGAUGAUGAGCAAAUAAUAGAGAGUGAGAGGAGUUGGUUUAAAAUGAAUUCGUAAGGACUGGAUGGGUUAAAUUCAUUGUCCAGCAUAUGAAGAGUACUGAAUUUACACUGCUGCCUAAUGUAAGCAGACACUUCAUCAGCUCAAGUUACUGCAUUAAUUUCAUGAAAUGAAAUGGAUGAGAAUUAAUGUGAAAACUGAUGUUUGUAAGAUGAGACUUUUGUUAAUGUGUUAAAUUUAAUUUAUUUGAAGGAUUUGAUGAGAUAAGGCACUUUGUUUGAAAAUGAUGUAAAAUUGCUUGUUUGCUUUUUUAUUUUUAUUUUUUUUUUUUGAGUGAUGUUUUUGUUAAGGUUAAAGAACUGGGGGUGGGAUUUAAAAUGCUUUUUGCCCUGUCUUAUGACUACUAGAAAAGUCAGGAUUGAGUUACACUACUAACAGUCUUUUUUUUUUUUUGGUGUUGUUGCAAAGAUAAACAUGUAGAAUACAUGUUUUGUAUAUUAAAAAGCAAAUGUAAACAAAAUGUCAGU